GGGAGGAGCUGGAGGAAGCCCUGACUGUACCCCUGGAGCCCUGCCAGUUUGGACUCAAUCUUCCACUCAAGGCCGCUCAGUUCUCCUGGGCUCAGCCGCCUACAAGGACCUUAAGGGGGAGCGGGGUUCCUGCCCUGUGGCUUUCGGGGUUCCCUCUCCUGCGGGAGGCAAGAGCGGUGUUUGGGAGGAGCAUGCCUCAGAGUCCACUUAGCUGAGCCGGGGCCGACACAGGACGCGCUCCCCAGGCUCUCUCAGGGUUCACACUUGGUGCUCAGACAAAACCACGAUGAGGAAACACCACUUGCCCAUCGCGGGCCUCCUGUGCCUCCUCCUCUCAGGCCUCUCCUUGACGGGCGCGCAGCAGCAAGCAGAUGUCAAAAACGGUGCGGCUGCCGAUAUAAUAUUUCUAGUGGAUUCCUCUCGGAGCCCUGGGAAGGACCAUUUCCAACUUGUUCGGGAGUUUCUGUAUGAUGUUAUAGAAGCUUUAGCUGUGGGAGAAAACGAUUUCCGUUUUGCCUUGGUCCAGUUCAACGGCAACCCACAUACCGAGUUCCUGUUAAACUCGUACAGUUCUAGACAAGACGUCCUCGCCCACGUGUCUGGCAUGGCCUACGCCGGGGGCGGCAACCAGACUGGACAGGGGCUAGCGUACGUGAUGCAGCACCACCUGGCCGAGGUUGCCGGGAGCCGGGCCGGGGACGGCGUCCCCCAGGUCAUUGUAGUGGUGACCGACGGACACUCGGAGGAUGGCCUCGCUCUGCCCUCGGGGGAGCUUAAGUCUGCUGACGGUAACCUGUCUGCAGUCGGCGCUGGGGACGCAGGCGUCGAGGAGAAGGCUGGAGGACGGCUCAGGGUGCAUGUUUCCAACCUAGAGAACGUAACCUCCCUUCGUGACGUAGUGGGAGAUGUAGUGGCCUGCGUGCAGUCGUCCGUGGCCCCAGGGAGGGCUGGAGACACAGAGACCCUUAAAGAUGUCACAGCACAAGACUCCGCUGACAUUAUUUUCCUUAUUGAUGGAUCAAACAACACCGGAAGUGUCCAUUUCCCGGUCAUUCGUGACUUCCUUGUAAAUCUCCUUGAGAGACUCUCGGUCGGACCUCAGCAGACCCGAGUGGGGGUGGUCCAGUAUAGCGAUGAGCCCAGAACCAUGUUCUCCUUGGACACCUACCCCACCAAGGCGCAGGUUCUGGAUGCAGUGAAGGCCCUGGGGUUCGCUGGCGGGGAGCUGGCCAACAUCGGCCAGGCCCUUGAGUUCGUGGUGGAGAACCACUUCACCCGGGUGGGGGGCAGCCGCGUGGAGGAAGGGGUUCCCCAGGUGCUGGUCCUCAUUAGUGCCGGGCCCUCUAGUGACGAGAUCCACGACGGGGUGGUGGCCCUGAAGCAGGCUAGUGUGUUCUCGUUCGGCCUCGGAGCCCAGGCCGCCUCCAGGGCAGAGCUGCAGCACGUGGCCACCAAUGACAACCUGGUGUUCACGGUCCCGGAAUUCCGUAGCUUGGGGGAGCUCCAGGAGCAGUUACUGCCCUACAUUGUCGGAGUGGCCCAAAGGCACAUUGUGCUGCAGCCGCCAACCAUUGUCACACAAGUCAUCGAGGUGAACAAGAGGGACAUAGUUUUCCUGGUGGACGGCUCGGCAGCUCUGGGGCCCCUCAAUUUCAACGCCAUCCGGGAGUUCAUCAUCCGAGUGGUGCAGAAGCUGGAGAUCGGCCAGGACCUCAUCCAGGUGGCCGUGGCGCAGUACGGAGACAGCGUGCGGCCCGAGUUCUACUUCAACAACUACUCCUCCAAGAGGGACGUGGUGGCCGCCCUGCGGCGGAUGCAGCCCCUGGACAGCCCGGCCCUCUACACGGGCUCCGCGCUCGACUACGUGCGCAGCAACCUGUUCACCGGCGCCACCGGCUACCGCGCCGCCGAGGGGGUGCCCAGGCUGCUGGUGCUCAUCACGGGCGGGCGGUCGCAGGACGAGGUCAGCCGGCCGGCCCAGGAGCUGAAGCGCAGCGGCAUCCUGACCUUCGCCGUGGGGAGCAAGGCCGCUGACCAGGCGCAGCUGGAGGAGAUCGCCUUCGACCCGUCCCUGGUGUUCGUCCCCGCCGAGUUCCGGGCCGCGCCCCUGCAGGGCUUGCUGCCCAACUUGCUGGCGCCCCUGAGGACCCUCUCUGGAACCACGGAAGUUCACGCAAACAAAAGGGAUAUCAUCUUUCUUUUGGAUGGAUCGCUCAACGUGGGAAAGAACAAUUUCCCUUAUGUGCGGGACUUUGUAACCAGCGUAGUUAGCAGCCUUGACGUGGGCAGCGACAGCAUCCGCGUCGGUGUAGUGCAGUUUAGCGACACUCCGGCCACGGAGUUCUCCCUGAACCAGUACCAGACAAAGCCAGACUUGCUCGCCCACCUGCAGCAGCUGCAGCUCCAGGGGGGCUCGGGCCUGAACACCGGCUCGGCCCUGAGCUAUGUCCUGGCCAACCACUUCACCGAAGCCGGGGGCAGCAGGAUCCGGGAACAGGUGCCCCAGCUGCUGCUCCUGCUCACGGCCGGGCGGGCCCAGGACGCCUACUUGCACGCUGCCAACGCCCUGGCGCGGGCGGGCGUGCUCACCUUCUGCGUGGGGGCGCGCCAGGCCGACAGGGCGGAGCUCGAGCAGAUCGCUUUUAACCCGAGCCUGGUGUACCUCAUGGACGAUUUCAGCUCCCUGCCCGCUUUGCCGCAGCAGCUGAUUCAGCCCCUCACCACGUAUGUUAGUGGAGGUGUGGAGGAGGUGGCCCUCGCCCAGCCAGAGAGCAAGCGGGACGUCCUCUUCCUGUUUGACGGCUCGGCCAACCUUGUGGGCCAGUUCCCCGGCGUCCGGGACUUCCUCUACAAGGUCAUCGAGGAGCUGGACGUGAGGCCGGACGGGACCCGCGUGGCGGUGGCCCAGUACAGCGACGACGUCAGAGUGGAGUCCCGCUUCGACCAGCACCAGCACAAGCCCGAGAUCCUGAACCUGGUGAAGAGGAUGAAGAUUAAGACGGGCAAACCGCUCAACCUGGGCCUGGCGCUGGACUACGCGCAGAAGCACAUCUUCGUGCCGUCGGCUGGCAGCCGCGCGGAGGACGGGGUGCUGCAGCUGCUGGUGCUGCUGGUGGCCGGGAAGGCUUCGGACCACGUGGAGGAGCCGGCCAGGAGGCUGAAGCAGAGCGGCGUGGUGCCCUUCGUCCUGCAGGCCAAGAGCGCGGACCCCGCCGAGCUGGAGCUCGUCGUGCUGUCCCCCGCCUUCAUCCUGGCCGCGGAGUCGCUCCCCAAGAUCGGAGAGCUUCAGCCACAGAUCGUCAACCUCCUGAAGUCCGUGCACAAUGGGGCGGCGACGCCAGUUUCAGGUGAGAAGGACGUGGUGUUUCUGAUCGACGGCUCGGAGGGCGUCAGGGGCGGCUUCUCCCUGCUGAAGGAGUUCGUCCAGAGGGUGGUGGAGAGCCUGGACGUGGGCCGGGACCGUGUCCGCGUGGCCGUGGUGCAGUACAGCGACCGGACCAGGCCCGAGUUCUACCUGAACUCCUACAUGGACCAGCAGAGUGUCAUCAGCGCCAUCCGCCGGCUGACCCUGCUGGGCGGGCCGACCCCCAACACCGGGGCCGCCCUCAGCUUCGUCCUGCAGAAUAUCCUGGUCGAGUCUGCGGGAAGCAGGAUCGAAGAGGGCGUCCCCCAGCUCCUGAUUGUCCUCACGGCCGACCGGUCUGGGGACGACGUGCUGGCCCCCUCCAUAGUCCUGAAGCAGGGCGGGGCGGUGCCCAUCGGCAUCGGCAUCGGCAACGCCGACAUCACAGAGAUGCAGACCAUCUCCUUCAUCCCUGACUUCGCCGUGGCCAUUCCCGACUUCCGCAGGCUGGAGUCCAUCCAGCAGGUGGUCUCGGAGCGGGUGAUCCAGCUCAACCGCCAGGAGGUGGGCAGGCUGCAGCCCGUUCUGGGCCCGCCCGGGCGCCCAGGUGCUGGCGGCAAGAAGGAUGUGGUCUUUCUCAUCGAUGGGUCUCAAGGCGCCGGCCCCGAGUUUCAGCACAUCCGAGCCCUCAUCGAGAGGCUGGUGGACUACCUGGACGUGGGCUUUGACACCACGCGGGUGGCGGUCAUCCAGUUCAGCGAGGACCCGCGGGUGGAGUUCCUGCUGAACGCGCACACCAGCAAGGACGAGGUCCUGAACGCUGUGCGCCAGCUGCGGCCCAAGGGCGGGCGGCAGGUCAACCUCGGGGGCGCCCUGGAGUACGUGUCCAAGAAUAUCUUCAAGAGGCCGCUGGGCAGCCGGAUCGAAGAGGGCGUGCCCCAGUUCCUGGUCCUCGUCUCGUCCGGGAAGUCCACCGACGAGGUGGACGAGGCGGCCGUGGAGCUGAAGCAGUUCGGCGUGGCGCCCUUCGCCGUGGCCAAGAACGCCGACCAGGAGGAGCUGGUGAAGAUCUCCCUGAGCCCCGAGUACGUCUUCUCCGUGAGCACCUUCAGGGAGCUGCCCAGCCUGGAGCAGAAGCUGCUGACCCCCAUCACCACCCUCACCUCGGAGCAGAUUCAGAAGAUCCUGGCCGACAGCCGCUACCCUUCCCCAGCCGUGGAGAGCGACGCUGCCGACAUCGUCUUCCUCAUCGACAGUUCCGACGGCGUCAAGCCCGACGGCCUCGCUCACAUCCGGGACUUUGUCGGCAGGAUCGUGCGCAAGCUCAACAUCGGCCCCAGCAAGAUGCGCAUCGGGGUCGUGCAGUUCAGCAACGAGGUCUUCCCGGAGUUCUACCUGAAGACCCACAAGUCCAAGAUGGCCGUGCUGGACAAUAUCCGCCGCCUGCGCUUCCGUGGGGGCGCCCCGCUGAGCACCGGCAAGGCGCUGGAGUUCGUGGCGCGGAAUCUCUUCGUCAAGUCUGCAGGGAGCCGGAUAGAAGACGGGGUGCCCCAGCACCUGGUCCUCUUUCUGGGCGGGAAGUCGCAGGACGACGUGACCAGGGCCUCGCAGGUGAUGAGGUCCUCGGGGAUCGUGAGCGUGGGCGUGGGGUCCCGGAACAUGGACCGGGCGGAGGCGCAGACCAUCACCAGCGACCCCAGCCUGGUGGUCACCGUGCGGGAGUUCAGAGACCUCCCCAACGUGGAAGACCAGGUCAUGAACGCGUUCGGCCCCUCCAGGUUCACGCCGGCCCCCCCGGGAGUGGACGUUCCUUCCCCCUCGUGGCCAGAGAAAAACAAGGCGGACAUCGUGUUUCUGCUGGAUGGGUCCAUCAAUUUCAGAAGGGAAGCGUUCCAGGAGGUGCUCCGCUUCGUGUCCGAGAUCGUGGACACGCUCUAUGAAGGGGGCGACUCCAUCCAGGUGGGGCUGGUCCAGUACAACUCCGACCCCACCGACGAGUUCUUCCUGAAGGACUACUCCUCCAAGGAGCAGAUCAUCGACGCCAUCAACAAGGUGGUCUACAAGGGCGGGCGGCAUGCCAACACCAAGGUGGGCAUCGAGCACCUGCGGCAGAAGCAUUUCGUGCCCGAGGCGGGCAGCCGCCUGGACCAGAGGGUGCCCCAGAUCGCCUUUGUGAUCACGGGCGGGAAGUCGGUGGAGGACGCGCAGGAGGCGAGCCUGGCGCUCACCCAGAGCGGCGUCAAGGUGUUCGCGGUGGGCGUGAGGAACAUCGACUCCGGGGAGGUUGGGAAGAUCGCCUCCAACAGCGCCACGGCCUUCCGCGUGGGCAACGUGCAGGAGCUGUCAGAGCUGAGCGAGCAGGUGCUGGAAACGCUGCAUGACGCCAUGCACGAGACCUUGUGCCCUGGUGUGAGCGACGUCUCCAAGGUCUGUAACCUGGAUGUCAUUCUGGGCUUCGACGGCUCAAGCAACCAGAACGUCUUUGUGACCCAGAAAGGUCUGGAGUCCAAGGUGGACACCAUCUUGAACAGGAUCAGCCAGAUGCAGAGGAUUAGCUGCAGCGGCAGCCAGUCCCCCAUGGUGCGGGUGUCCGUGGUGGCCAACACGCCCUCGGGACCCGUGGAGGCCUUUGACUUUGACGAGUACAGGCCGGAGCUGUUUGAGAAGUUCCGGGGCAUGCGCAGCCGGCACCCGUACGUCCUCACAGCGGACACGCUGAAGCUGUACCAGAACAAGUUCAGUCAGGCCUCGCCCGACAGCGUGAAGGUGGUCAUUCACUUCACCGACGGGGCAGAUGGAGACAUGGCUGAGUUACAGAAAGCUUCAGAGCAGCUUCGACAAGAAGGCGUCCGGGCGCUGAUCCUGGUGGGCCUGGAACGCGUGGCCGACUUGGAGGGGCUGAUGCACUUGGAGUUCGGCCGAGGAUUCACCUACAACCGGCCCCUGCGGCUGAACCUGCUGGACCUGGACUACGAGCUGGCGGAGCAGCUGGACAACAUUGCCGAGAAGGCCUGCUGUGGGGUUCCCUGCAAGUGCUCCGGGCAAAGGGGCGACCGCGGCUCCAUCGGCAGCAUCGGGCCCAAGGGCGUUUCCGGAGAGGACGGCUACCCGGGCUACCCCGGCGAGGAGGGAGGCCCCGGAGAGCGGGGUCCGCCUGGCGUGAACGGCACUCAAGGCUUUCAGGGCUGCCCCGGCCAGAGGGGCGUGAAGGGCUCUCGUGGAUUCCCAGGGGAGAAGGGCGAGCUGGGGGAGAUCGGACUGGACGGGCUGAAUGGCGAAGACGGGGACAAGGGCCUGCCCGGGUCGUCUGGAGAGAAGGGGAAUCCCGGGCGGAGGGGCGACAAAGGGCUGAAGGGAGACAAGGGAGAGCGGGGAGACCUCGGGAUCCGAGGGGACCCGGGAGACUCGGGACGGGACAGCCAGCAGCCAGGACCAAGAGGAGAAGCUGGGGACCUCGGCCCCCUGGGCCUUCCUGGGCGAGACGGAGUGGCCGGGACCCUGGGAGAAGCCGGCAAGGACGGCGGCUUUGGCCGAAGGGGACCAGCGGGAGCGAAGGGCAACACAGGCGGUCCGGGCCCACAGGGCUCUGCAGGGGAGCAGGGGUCCCGCGGAGCACAGGGCCCCCCAGGCCCCACAGGUCCUCCAGGCCUGAUUGGUGAACAGGGCAUUCCUGGAGCUCGGGGAAGUGGAGGGCCCCCGGGGGCACCUGGAGAUCGUGGCAGAACCGGUCCCCUGGGAAGAAAGGGGGACUCUGGAGACCCAGGACCCAAAGGUGGACUCGGGACCCGGGGCCCUCGCGGGGAGUCGGGAGACGACGGGCGAGACGGCGUGGGCGGUGAAGGACGCAAGGGCAGAAAGGGUGAAAGGGGGUUCCCAGGACACCCUGGCCCCAAGGGAACCCAGGGUGAGCCAGGGACAGACGGAACCCCGGGACCCAAAGGAUCCAGAGGACGAAGGGGAAAUUCAGGACCUCCCGGGACAAUGGGCCAGAAGGGAGACCCUGGCUACCCAGGACCCUCCGGUCACCAAGGCAACAGAGGCGACUCGGUGGAUCAAUGUGCCCUGAUCCAGAGCAUUAAAGACAAGUGUCCUUGCUGCUACGGGCCCCUGGAAUGCCCCGUCUUCCCGACGGAGCUGGCCUUCGCCCUGGACACCUCCGAGGGGGUCACCCAGGACAUCUUCAGCCGGAUGAGGGAGGUGCUGCUGAAGCUCGUGGGCGACCUGACCAUCGCAGAGAGCAACUGCCCGCGGGGCGCCCGGGUGGCUGUGGUCACCUACAACAACGAGGUGACCACGGAGAUCCGGUUCGCGGACUCCAAGAGGAAGUCCGUGCUCCUGGACAGGAUCCGGAACCUGCAGGUUGCCCUCACAUCCAAGCAGCAGAGCCUGGAGAACGCCAUGUCGUUUGUGGCCAGGAACACGUUCAAGCGUGUGCGGAGCGGCUUCCUCAUGAGGAAAGUGGCCGUUUUCUUCAGCAACAAGCCCAGCAGGGCGUCCCCACAGCUCAGGGAGGCCAUCCUGAAACUCUCAGACGCCGGCAUCACGCCCCUGUUCCUUACCACCCAGGAGGACCGCCAGCUGGCCAAUGCGCUGCAGAUCAACAACACGGCGGUGGGGCACGCGCUCGUCCUGCCCCCCAGGAGGGACCUCGAGGGCUUCUUGAAGACCGUCCUGACCUGCCACGUCUGCCUGGACAUCUGCAACAUCGACCCAUCCUGCGGCUUUGGCAGCUGGAGACCGGCCUUCAGGGACAGGCGAGCGGCGGGCAGCAGCUCGGACGUCGACGUGGCUUUCAUCUUGGACAGCUCCGAGUCCACCUCCCUGUUCCAGUUCAACGAGAUGAAGAAGUACAUCGGGUACCUGGUCAGGCAACUGGACCUCAGCCCAGACCCCAAGACCUCCCAGCACCUCGCCCGGGUGGCGGUGGUGCAGCAGGCCCCCUACGAGUCCCUGGGGGACCCCGAUGUGCCGCCUGUGAAGGUGGACUGCGCCCUGACUGAUUACGGCUCCAAGGAGAAGCUGGUGAACUUCCUCAGCAGGCGGGUGGCGCAGCUGCAGGGCACCAUGGCCCUGGGCAGGGCCGUCGACUACACGGUGGAGACGGUCUUCGAGCAGGCCCCGCACCCGCGCGACCUGAAGAUCCUGGUGCUGAUGCUGACCGGGGCGGUGCCGGAGCAGCAGCUGGAAGAGGCCCAGCAGGCCCUCCUGCGGGCCAAAUGCAAAGGCUACUUGGUUGUGAUCCUGGGCAUUGGCAGGAAGGUGAACGUCAAGGACCUGUACACCUUCGCCAGCGAGCCCAGCGAUGUUUUCUUCAAGCUGGUGCAGACGUCAACCGAGCUCAACGAGGAGCCGCUCAUGCGGUUUGGGAGGCUGCUGCCCUCCUUCGUCAGCAGUGAGAAUGCUUUUUACUUGUCCCCAGAUGUCAAGAAGCAGUGUGACUGGUUCCAAGGGGACCAGCCGGCCAAGAAUGUUGUGAAGUUUGGUCACAAACACGUGAAUGUCCCAAAUAACGUUACUUCAAGUCCUACAUCCAAACCGGUGAUGACCAUGAAGCUGACGGCCAGCAUGGGUGCCGUGGCCUCCACCUUGAAGCCGGUCCCAGCGGCGAAUCUGCCCGUGGCCAAGCCAGCUGCUGAGAAACCGGCUCCUGCCAGGCCCGUGGCCGCCAAGCCUGUGGCUGCCAAGCCUGUGGCUGCCAAGCCGGAGGCCACCAAGCCGGAGGCCACACGGACAGCCACGGCCAGACCCCCCGUGGCUGCGAGGCCAGCGGCAGGGAGGCCAGCAGGAGGGAGGCCCACAGCCAGAAACUCGAUGGCUGCCAAGCCUAUGGCCACAAAGCCAGAGGGCCCCAGACUCCAGGCAGCCAAACAGGCCUCCACCAGGCCGGCCACAGCCAAGCCCGUGGCUAAACUGCCCCGGGAGGUCCACGUGUCUGAGGUCACGGAAAACAGCGCCAAGCUGCGCUGGGAGCGGCCAGAGCCCCCCAGCCCGUACUUUUACCACCUGAUCAUCACCUCAGCCCACGACCAGUCCCUGGUCCUGAGGCAGAACCUCUCCGUGGCGGAGCGCACCAUCGGGGGCCUGAGGGCCGGCCACACCUACCACGUGACCGUGGUCUGCUACCUGAGGGCCCAGGUCCGAGCCACCUACCACGGCACCUUCAGCACAAAGAAAACGCAGCCGCCACCCCCACCGGCAGCCAGGUCGGCUUCCAGUGCAACCAUCGACCUGAUGGUGAACACAGACCCCAUGGCUGGCGCAGAAACAGACAUCUGCAAGCUGCCCAAGGACGUCGGAACGUGCAAGAAAUUCGUGCUGAAAUGGUUCUAUGACUCCAAAAGCAAAAGCUGUGGCCGAUUCUGGUACGGAGGCUGCAGUGGGAACGAGAACAGAUUCGAGACGCAGGACGAAUGUGAAAAGGUCUGCGGUCCUGUGCUCGUCAGCGCCAACGCCGGGGCCAUGGCCGCCAUCGGGACCUAAGCGGGCGGGCCGUCCACAUACCUCUUGAAGAAGGAGUCAGCCGUUUGCAGCCGUCUCCGCAGAAGCUCUGGGGGUCUCCUGCCCUGUGCAUUUCACGCUUUCAUUGACGCUCGGACUUGGGAGGAAAGGUUCUGCCGCGAGGCUAUCAACUUGGUGCUAAAUGUGUCUGUGGACCCAACGCUCGUGUCCCCAGGCCGUCACGCCCGCCCGGGAGUGCUGGGUAACGGUGACCCGCUGCUGGUGGCUCCGCGGACGCUCCUGUCCAUCCGAAUGCCCUCUGGAGGCUCACGCUGCGCCUGCCGAGGCGCAUGGAAGGUCUAGAGAGCAGCCCCGACCUCACCGCUCACGUGCGCUUCUGCUUGGCUCACCCUCCUGAGCAUUCCCGCGCCGGCCGGCGGGAGCCCUGUCCGGGCUGGUCGCCGGCCUUUCCCCUUCUCAAGCCCCUAAGAAUCGCUGUAGCUAGCAGGAGGCGAGCCCCCGGCCUUGGUGCACCGCGGUGGGACCGGAGGCUGCGAGCGCGAACGGAGAGUGGCGGGAGAGCAGGCUGCGGCGCUCCUCUGAUGUGUGUGUCUGUGUUUUUGUUUUUUUUUAAUCCAGGGGGGUUUAAUUUUAAUUUUAAAAUUUUUAGGAAAUUUAUACAAAGAAACUUUUUAAUAAAGUAUAUUA